AUAUAAGCCUUCCCUGAUUAUGUUGAGGGGAGCUGAUGUUUUCUUACUGUUUCCCACGCAGUGACGCAAAUACAUGUACGAGUAUAUGGAUGAACCUUCUGCUAUUCAGUUAUCAGAUUUAAAUGAAUAUAUCACUUGUAAAUUAUGUAAAGGCUAUUUGAUCGAUGCAGUUUCGAUAACUGAAUGUCUUCAUCCAUUUUGUAAAUCUUGUAUAGUCAAAUAUUCGGAAGACAAACGUGAUUGCCCUGUAUGCGGGAUUCUUAUUCAUCAAAGUCAUCCUUUAAAUUAUAUGAGUUUUGAUCGAACUCUCCAAGAUAUUGUAUAUAAAGUUGUACCAGAUUUAAGACGAAACGAGAGACAGCGUCGAGAAUCGUUUUAUCGAUCUUUGGGGAAAACACCACCUCCUUCCGAGGAUUUAGGUAAAGAAAAUCAUAAUUCAGGUAGUAAAGAAAAUGGUACUGGUGGUAAUUUACCAACUGAUUCGGAUGGAUUAGCUGCGAAUUAUGAUCCUGAUUAUCAUCGUAAAGACGAACAAGUCAAUAUAAAACUUGAACCAGGCUCUGAUAAUCUUGAACCAUUAGCAGAUAAGUAUUUACGACUUUCGUCAAGGGCUACAGUAACUCAUUUGAGGAAGUAUGUUGCACAACAAGUCCUCCGUGAUAUAUCUAAAUUUCAUGAAAUUGACAUCUUUAUCCUGAAUAAUGAAGAUGGCACAUUUCUCGGUCGUGAUCAUGUAUUGAAAUUUGUUCGUGUUGUUUAUUGGAAUGAAGUUGAACCAAUGCCACUCCAGUAUCGUUACAGCAGAGUUAUGUACUAGGAUUCAAUCCAUUGUAUUUAAAACCAGCCCAGCCCUGGUUCUCUCACCUCCCCAGCUUCCCUCCAUAUUACCUACUUCUUUCUGAUUUGUUUUUUUGUUUUGUUUUGUCUUGUUUUAUUUUUAUUUAUUUUUAUUACAGUAUCUAUUGUGAACAACAGUGUGAAGUGAACUAUUGUUUUAAUGCCACCCCUCCACCCCCCCCCAAAAAAAACAACACAACACAGACAUCUUAUUAUUUUGGCAUUCACGCAACAAAAAAAGACACAAAUGUUUAGGCUGUAAAUGACGUAAUUUAUUGUUUUGUUUUUCUUCUUAUUUCUGUAUAUACAUCAUGUUGUAUAUUUAUUAUGGAUGUACCUUACUGAGAAUGAAUAAUAAAACUGUUGCUUAGAUUAUGACUGCUUCUCUCUUCUUCUUCUUCUUCUGUCAUUAGUUUGUCUUUUCUAUGGACUGACUUGUGUGUUUCACUGCUGAUUCUCAUUACUAUUUAUUAUUUUACUCUUUUAUAAUAAUAAUAAUAACCCAUGAUUAAUAUGUCCUAGAUUGAAAAGUUGGCUUAAGUAAUAAGACUAUUCGUCAAAAGCGGCAUUGUCAACCAAUUGGCAUAAAAAGAUGGAUUGAUUUAGACUUUGUGAGACAGACAUGUUUGAAUGGACUGUUUGUAUAAGUAAAUGUUGUGGACAGGAGUGUCAUGUGGUGCUCUCUAUUGGUUAUUUACGAAAUACACAUUUUAAGGUAGGACAUCAUGGUUUCCUUUAGACAUCCAAAAUACUCAGGAACAAAAACUAUUGUACAAUAAUACAAUUCUAAGGUAUGAUAUGAAUACAUAAGAACUACUAUUGGCCAUUUGAAUUUUGUGUGACGGAUAGUUAGACGUUCUGAUAUGCCACUGGAAAUAUUCUUCAGUGUACUAUACACUUUAUUUCAACACUAGUGUAGUUAGUAGUUUAAAUACGAAGCUAUCAGUGAUUAUGAAGUAACUUCAUGACUUUUAUCACCGACCUCUGUAUCACGGAUUCGAUCCUCGCCUCAUCUACCGAGCUUUAGGCAACCAGGUAGUAUUACUAGACAAUAGCAAUGCACCACAUCUUUUGUGGCUCCUUGCUAACUGCAAGUAGUUGUUGAAUAGCA